AUGGCUUCUUCCAUUGCAAUGAAGAACAACUACAUGUGCGCUCAAUCGCUGCAGCAAUUCUACACGGGUGGCCCCUAUGCUGUCUCAUCUGACGGCUCUUUUCUCGUGUGCUCUUGCGAUGGCACUAUCAAGAUUGUUGAUUCGUUCAAUGCUUCCAUUAAAUCCACUAUCGAAGGCGAUUCCGAGCCCGUCACAGCCCUCUUUCUCAGCCAAGACGAUAAGUUCCUUUUCUCUGCUAGCCACAGCAGACAAAUUCGUGUUUGGGAUGUAUCCUCCCUCAAAUGCCUACGCUCUUGGAAGGGACAUGAAGGCCCGGUCAUGGGAAUGUCUUGCCAUGCUUCGGGAGGAUUACUGGCGACUGCAGGGGCUGAUAGGAAAGUGCUGGUAUGGGAUGUGGAUGGAGGCUUCUGCACCCACUAUUUCAAAGGGCACAAGGGGGUUGUGACCAGUAUUAUGUUCCAUCCUGACCCUAAUAGAUUACUUCUUUUCUCUAGCAGUGACGAUUCUACCAUUAGAGUAUGGGAUCUUACUAGCAAAAAGUGUGUUGCAGUGCUUGAAAAACAUCAAUCCACAGUGACUUCCUUGUCAAUAUCUGAAGAUGGAUGGACCUUGCUUAGUGCCGGAAGAGAUAAGGUUGUGAAUUUGUGGAACCUGCACGAUUAUAGCUGUAAGAUCACUGUGCCAACUUAUGAGGCACUGGAAGCCGUGUGCACAAUUGAUUCUGGAUCUCCUUUCACCUCAUGUUUGGCAUUAUCAAUACAGAAGCUUGGGAGGAAAAAAAUCUCUUCAUCAUCAAUUCAGUUUAUCACUGUCGGCGAACGUGGAGUUGUACGGAUAUGGUACUCUGAUGGAGCUGUGUGCCUUUUUGAGCAGAAGUAUUCGGAUGUUACUGUCAGUUCAGACAAAGAAGAAGUGAGAAGAGGUUUUAUUUCUGCUAUGAUGUUGCCAUCAGGACAAGGAUUGCUGUGUGUUACAGCGGAUCAGCAGUUUCUCAUCUAUGUUCCUGAGGAACAUCCUGAAGGUGGUUUGAACUUAAUCCUGAGAAAGAGGCUUAUUGGAUACAAUGAAGAGAUUGCAGAUAUGAAGUUUUUGGGUGAAGAAGAACAAUACCUAGCAGUUGCAACAAGUGUUGAACACGUGCGAGUAUAUGAUCUGGCUUCCAUGUCGUGCUCCUAUGUAUUAGCUGGGCAUACUGAUAUUGUUCUAUGCCUUGAUACCUGCAUGUUAAGUUCAGGAACAGCACUUAUUGUAACAGGAAGUAAGGACAACAGCGUUAGGGUAUGGGAAUCCCGGAGAAACCGUUGCAUUGGAGUUGGCAUAGGUCACAUGGGAGCUGUUGGUGCUGUUGCUUUCUCGAAGAAACAGCGAAACUUUUUUGUCAGCGGUAGUAGUGAUCGUACAUUGAAGGUUUGGAGCUUAGAUGGACUCUUGGAUGACUUGGAAGAAGCGAUCAAUUUGAAAGCAAAAGCAGUUGUAGCGGCACAUGACAAAGAUAUAAACUCAUUGGCAGUCUCACCAAAUGAUAACCUUGUUUGUAGUGGUUCCCAGGAUCGUACAGCUUGCAUAUGGAGGCUCCCAGAUCUAGUUUCAGUGGUUGUCCUUAAAGGACAUAAAAGGGGCAUUUGGUCCGUGGAGUUCUCCCCGGUUGACCAAUGUGUCAUAACAGCUUCUGGUGAUAAAACAAUAAAAAUAUGGGCUAUAUCUGACGGUUCAUGUUUGAGAACAUUUGAAGGCCAUACAUCGAGCGUAAUUAGAGCAUCAUUUAUUACACGUGGAACUCAAUUUGUUUCUUGUGGUGCUGAUGGUUUGGUGAAGCUGUGGACAGUUAAAACCAAUGAAUGCAUUGCAACCUACGAUCAACAUGAAGAGAAGAUUUGGGCCUUGGCUGUAGGGAAGAAGACAGAAAUGCUUGCAACGGGUGGUGGUGAUGCAGUAAUCAAUUUGUGGCACGACUCCACAGCUGCUGAUAAAGAGGAAGCCUUCCGUAAAGAAGAAGAGGGUGUUUUGAGAGGGCAAGAACUAGAGAAUGCUGCAUUGGAUGCUGACUAUAUGAAAGCAAUCCAACUUGCCAUUGAACUUCACAAGCCUCACAAACUUUUUGAGUUAUUCAGUGGACUCUGCAGAAAGAGAGAGGCUGAAGUUCAUAUUGAAAAAGCUCUUUGUUCUCUGGGUAAAGAAGAGUUUCAUCAACUUUUGCAAUAUGUGCGAGAAUGGAAUACAAAACCAAAGCUAUGUCAUAUUGCACAGUUUGUGCUGUUCCGUGUAUUUAGCAUCCUCCCUCCAACGGAGAUUGUUGAGAUAAAAGGAAUUGGAGAACUGCUUGAAGCCCUUAUUCCAUAUUCUCAUAGGCAUUUCAGUAGAAUCGAUAGGUUGGAAAGAAGCACAUUCCUCUUGGACUAUACACUAACAGGAAUGUCUGUCAUUGAACCUGAAACGGAUGGAAGAGAGUUGAAAGAAGAGGAUGUGAAGCGCUUUGAGGAUGCAGAGGGACACCGAUUAGGAGGCAUUGCUCUCGACGAGCAAAACGACAACAAUGAACCAAAAGAGAUCUCAAGGAAGAAGCGCAAAUCACACAAAUCUAAAGAUGGGAGACAUAAGAAAGAGAAGGUAGUAGAUUACACAAGUGCUGCAGCUAUAACGUCACAUGCAUAA